ACAAGCUGUCUAAUCACUGCUGCUGUAUUUUAAAACUAGCUCACUUUCCUUGACAGGAGAUAAGAGUAUAUUUUUGAAUUAAUAACUAGUAGCUAAAAGGAUUUUUUUUUGUUUUUUGCUUUGGGGAAAAAAAAAAAAAAUAAAGAGAGAGAUAAUCAGCAUGAAUAAAAGAAGAUAUGACCUCACACUCCAAGCUAAAAGCCCGGUGUUGAUCUACAAGAAGAGGCAUGUGUUCCUGACAGGUAUAGAUCUUGCUGAAGAGUUGCAGUGAUAUUCUCAUCACCUCAAGUGAGUGGUUGUGCAAAAAGACAGAGGACUGUUCUGUUGGCUGUUCUCUUUUAACCUUGCACAGAGGAAUAUCCAAGCAACAGUUAUAUUAAUGUGAAGUAAACAAAUAUGAUCAUUUGGGCUGCAGAGUGCGAAAAGCUAAAGGAAUAUCUCUUUUGUCCUUUGGAUUAUAACGGCUUUAAUGACAAGUUGGAUUUUAAAGAUACAGUUUGAUCAGUUUAUGGUCUUUUCAGACAUUUCUGUUUGCCCUCUAAAAAUAUUAAACUUCACGUUUGGAUUACUAAUGAAAAAAUGCUGGUUUUGAAUGAUUGGACUAUUAGUGAAUAAGAGGGUAAUGUAUCAGUUAAUCGACUUUUUCCAAACUGUAAAAAUGCCUUUAGCAUUUUGCAUUUUAAUGUGUACUGUAGAAGAGUGAGCUGUCAUUAACGGGACAGAGAGAUUGGAGCCUGGCUUUUAAGUUGUCUCCUUCAAACGCUAUCUCUGGCAACAAAUCCAAUACAGUCCAGACUAUUUGCUUGAAACACCACUGUGGGAUCUACAGAUUCAUGUCCAGUCCGUUCCUUUCCCAAGCUUAUUGAGCAUGGGUUAGCAGUCAGGGCCAUGGUUGUGACCCAACUGGAAUUGGAGUUCUGCUAUCAGGGGAAGAAGCUACGUGGUUUUACCUGUAAGCUAACCAAAUCUGCCCAUGGCUUCCUGCCAGAAAGCACUUGGAGUAUUGCUGCCCAGAUUCUCUUGCCGUACCUGGUUUCUGGUCUCGGGAUGGUGGCUGCCGGCUUACUAAUGGAUGUUGUUCAACACUGGGAUGUAUUCAAAACAAUCACAGAGGUCUUUAUUUUGGUGCCUGCUUUAGUAGGACUGAAGGGUAAUCUUGAAAUGACACUGGCUUCACGGCUAUCAACUGCGGCUAAUACUGGACAGAUGGAUGAUGCCAAAGAGCAAUGGAGAAUGGUUUCCUGUAAUCUUGCACUUAUUCAGGUACAAGCCACAGUAGUGGGGUUUCUGGCAGCAGUAGCUGCUAUAAUUCUGGGAUCUAUAUCAAAAGGACACAUUGACCUGGACCAAGCUGCUGUACUUUGUGCUAGUAGUAUCAGCACCGCCUUCAUAGCUGCACUUUCACUAGGUCUGGUUAUGAUUGGGGUCAUUAUUGGAUCAAGAAAAGUAGGAAUAAAUCCUGACAAUGUUGCAACUCCCAUUGCAGCCAGUCUUGGAGACCUUAUAACUCUUUCACUCCUGGCUGCAAUUAGCAAUACACUUUUCAGCUAUAAAGGUAUCUCCUACCUUUCUCCCAUGGUAUGUGCAGUGUUCAUCGCUAUGAUACCACUUUGGGUUGUGAUUGCAAAAAGAAGUCCUCAGAUAAGGGAGGUGCUAAAAUCUGGAUGGCAGCCUGUGAUUGUUGCCAUGUCUAUAAGCAGUAUUGGAGGCCUCAUCUUGGAUAAAACUGUAUCUGAUCCUGAUUUUGAAGGGAUGGCUGUCUUCACACCAGUAAUCAAUGGUGUAGGUGGGAACCUUGUUGCCAUCCAGGCGAGUCGCAUUUCAACUUAUCUCCAUUUUUGGAGUGUUCCUGGUGUGCUACCUUCCAAGAUGAGGCAACACUGGCCUAACCCCUGUACUACCUUUUUCUUUUCAGGGGUGAAUUCCAAAUCAGCAAGAGUCCUGUUUUUGCUAGUUGUCCCUGGGCAUCUUUUGUUUCUGUAUACUACUAGUCUACUUCAGGGUGGACACAUGACUAUAACUGUCACCUUUGUUCUCUUCUAUCUGACAGCUGCACUUUUUCAGGUUGGGAUCCUCUUAUAUGUGGCAGACCUGAUUGUGAGGUUAAUGUGGAGGAAGGGACUGGACCCCGAUAACUUUUCAAUCCCGUACCUCACUGCACUGGGAGACCUGCUGGGUACAGGCUUCUUGGCGGUUUGCUUUCACCUGGUUGUAAUGGUUACAGGAGUAGACGUGGAGACUGGAAACUAAGACACUGACCCUGGAAACGUGCCUCUCCGUUAAACUGAUAUCUAAAGACAAAGUACUGUGGUUUUGUUGUUAUACACACACACACAAAACAUAUAUAUCUCAUAUAUACUGUAUACAUAUAUAUAUGUGCGUGUGUGUGUUUGUAUAAAUAUUGGUAAGUGCACAUUUGUGGAUUUUUUUGUGGAAACUGCUUAGAUUUUAAAGUUUAUAGUAUACUAAAAUAUGUAUUAGCAAUGUUUUGGUCUGAAAAUGUAAUUUAAAGAGUGCCAUGUACAGUGCCAAAUGAAAUAUGUUUCAUUUUCAGCUAUUAGUCAGUACGUAUCUACUGUCAAACACAACUCCACGUGCGUUACUCUGAGAAUGCGUCCCCAACUGGACUUUUCAAUAUGCAUAAUGAAGGCACUCAAUAAAGGUUUGUAAGACUGUCGGAGGCAUCACAGCCCAUUGAAAACAGACAGAGUUUACAUUUGAAGAAAUUUUGGAAAAUGUGGCCUGAUCUAUUUUUAAUUGCAAAAGGUGAAGUACAGUGGAGGUUAUGUUUGCCACCAAAUGAAAUCAUUCCAACUUUAAUCGGAUACAUUUUACUUCUACUCAAACUACAUGGAGGACGUUUUUUCUUUUCUUUUCACUAUCUAUGCAUCAGGCACACCUUUCUUUCCAAUUCCAGCCUGAUUUGCAAAAAGCAGGGUGUGUGUCAAUAUUUUUUUGUUUAGCUAAAAUAUAUUUGAGCCAUUACUGUAUAGAGGGGUUCAUUUCAGUGUAAGUGUUUCUUGCGCAAGAUACCCACAAAGUAAUACUUAGGGUUAAAUUGUAUUUUACAAUAGGAAAUAGAGCAGAAAACUGAGAAAAAGAACCUGGUGCCCUGUUUUUUUUUCAAUGUACAGUUUUAUUUUUAAAUUUUUGCUUGUAUAUUGCAGUAGAUUCUUAUUUAGCCCCAAACAGCUCUCAGAACUUUAAAGAACAAGCUAAUUAGGGAAUCCAUCUCUUCAAAUUAAAUUUAUUUGGGCAAAACAUAAAAUUAUUUUAAUAAAAUCUUCUUAUCACCAAUGAUAAGCUGAGCUUACAUUUGGCAGCCUUGACAACAAAUGUAUUAACUGUACAUAUGAAAUAUCUACCACAGGCUAUUAUAAACGGUAGCAACAUCUCAACAUGGCAUGUAAAUUGGCAAAGAGACAAGGACUAUAAAAUCAGUGAUUGUUUAAGAAAGUGCCUCUUGACUUAGAUUUGUAAACCUAGUACUUUUUAUGAAUGUCCUUCCUUGGUGUUCAUUACAGGCCUUACUUUUUGAAUAUGUUUUAAAUUAAACUGAACAAAAACCAAAAUCCAUGACUAUUUUUCCUUUGCUUGAAUAUUUAAUAAAUCCACAAACUUUGUAGUUUUUGUUUCCUUA